CUGCCUUAUAAGUUAUAACCAUAAAAAGUGGAGUAUACAUUUAAUUAUUUGGUACCUUCCUUAACUCCCAAGCACUCUCUGGUCUCUACGGCUCUACCCCUCCUCCCCCAAGACACACACAAUUAAAGAAGAGAGAAGUUUGAAUUGCUUUAGUUAGGUAGUUGCAAGCCGACUGAUCUGUGAAUUACUUGAAAAUAUCGCGCGAGCAAAGGAGAUAAAUAGAUGAGGAAGGUGGCGUGGGGCAUCAUGAUGACGGUGGUUCUUGCAACAGCAACGGUGGUUGCCGGAGGAGCGGGGUGGAGAGGGGUGAAAGCAGAUGAGCAUCAUGUGGUGGGAGGGGACAGAGGAUGGGAAGUGUCAAAUGACAUUGCUUCUUGGUCAUCUGGCAGAACCUUCACUGUUGGUGACUUUGUGUGGUUUACAUACUCUGCAGCAGAGGAGAGUAUCGUCGAGUUGGGAGGUUUGGAGGAGUACAUUUCAUGCGAUCUGAGUAACCCCAUCAGAAUGUAUACGGACGGCUUAGAUCAAAUCCGUCUGGAGGGAGAGGGAACCCGAUACUUCACAAGUGGGAAAUUGGAGAGCUGUAAAAAUGGCCUCAAGUUACCGGUCACUGUCCAAUCUCGAGAGAAGAGACACACUCAGAGAGAUGAUGCAAAUAGUCCUCCAUUGCUCCUCAGCGCAGAUGGCCCGGCUGCACCAUCUUCAUCAACACGUUUGAAUGGACUCUUGCCGAGUUUGCUCAUUGGCCUUUUUCUUUUUGUCAUAUAUCUCUAGCAAGUUUAUAUCUAAGAUUUCAAUGAACAUUCACGGUGUCCAUCUCAACAAUUUUAAAAUUAUUACCUCAUUAAAAACAAUGAAUGAUUUGAUUUUUUUACUUGUUUCCCAUAGUUGCAUUUGGUUAUGCACUUGUGCCAAUGCACUCUGUCGUGUAAUGAACUUUUUAUUCUUAUUGAUAAGCCUUCCUGGAG